AUGGCAACUUUCGAGAACAAAGCCGCCUGGAUCACGGCCGCCCAGGCCACACCCCUUGAAGUUGGACCUGGCCCGACACCGAACCCUUCCGAAGACGAAGUCGUAAUCAAGGUCGCAUACUCUGCCGUCAACCCCGUCGACUGGAAACUUCAAGAUUAUUCUGCACCGCAUCUCAAAUAUCCUUACAUAUUCGGAACCGAUGUGGCAGGCAACGUUGUAGCGGUUGGCUCCGGGCUCGCCAGUCGCUUCACAGUUGGCCAAAGAGUGAUAGGACAUUGCGAUGGCCUUCUCUCAGGAAAGCCCACCAACAACGGGUUCCAGCUCUAUUCGACCUGCAAAGAAAUCCUGGUAUCCCCAAUUCCCCAUUCCUUACCUCUGGCAAAUGCUGCGGUUCUCCCCUUGUCAAUUUCGACUGCCGCCAGUGCACUUUUCCUUGAGCUCCAAGCCCCGCUCCCAUCUUUGAAUCCUAAGCCAACAGGAAAGAGGAUCUUGAUCUGGGGAGGAAGUUCUUCUGUUGGAAGUUCGGCGAUCCAGCUUGCGGUUGCAGCUGGACUUGAAGUUGUGGCUACCGCCAGGAGUGUGAAUCACAGUUUUGUGAGGAGCCUUGGUGCCUCGCACGUUCUUGACUACGAGGACUCGGAUGUUCUUGAUAAGACAGCUGGUCUCUUGAAACCAGGUGAUCUUGUCGUGGAUGCAAUCAGCAGUCAGGAUACGCAGGCCAAAUGUGCGCAGAUCUUAGCGGGACUUGGAGGAGGCAAGCUUCCAUUGAUGAUGCCUCCCGAGGUCACGAUGCCCGACAAUGUGAAUGCUGUUUUUGUGAACUCUUUGAGCCCUGGCCUUACUGCUGUCGAUAUCGGAGACGCUGUCUGGCGGAAGUACAUCCCAGAGGCAUUGGCUGCUGGAAAAUAUCAAGCAAAGCCGGACCCCUUCGUUAUUACUGGUGGACUGGAGAAGGUACAGGACGGGAUUGAUCUGCUCCGCAAAGGUGUCUCGGCAAAGAAAAUUGUCAUUGAGCUAUCUGGAGAGCAAUAG